AUGGGUAAGCACGGCCACCACGACGCGGAGGCUCAGGCCGCCGGCAGCAGCAGCUUCCCGCCGCCGCCGCCACCGCCGGCGACGGUGGCAGGAGGCGGCGGCGGCGGCGGCGAAGUGGCGUGCCCGUACUUGAUCGAGAGGCCGGAGCUCCGGUGGGCGUUCAUCCGCAAGGUGUACGCGAUCGUGGCGAUGCAGCUGGUGGUGACCGUCGCCGUGGCCGCCGCCUUCUACUCUGUCCCGGCCAUCCGCCGCUUCUUCCUCGCCCGCACGCCGGCGUCGCUCGCCGCCUUCGUGGCCGUUAUCGUCGCCCCCCUCAUCGUGAUGCUGCCGACGAUGUUUCUCCGUAAGAAGCACCCCAUCAACCUCGUCCUUCUAGCCAUGUUCACCAUUUGCAUGAGCUGCGCCAUUGCCUUGGGCUGCCUCUCUGUCAAAGCCGGCAUUGUCAUAAUCGAAGCAGCAUCCCUAACAUUUGCGGUGGUCCUGGGCUUAACACUCUACACAUUCUGUGCGGCCGAGAGAGGCCAUGACUUCAGCUUCCUCCGCCCGUUUUUGGUCGCGGCCUUCCUCGUCCUCGUGCUCUACGGCUUCAUCCAGAUGUUGCUGCCAAUGGGGAAGGUGGGGACGACGGUGUUCGGGUGCGCGGCGGCGCUGGUGUUCUCCGGCUUCAUCAUCUACGACACCGACAACCUGAUCAAGAGGCACGCCUACGACGAGUACGUCGCGGCGGCCAUCUCCCUCUACCUCGACACCGUCAACGUCUUCAUGGCCGUCGUCACUGCACUCGACGCUUCAGAUUCAUAGAUUGUUUGGAGGAGAUGGGUACACUGCUGAAAAGCCGAUUGAGAUCAAUCUGUCAUUACAGUCACUAACAUAUAGAUAUCAUCAUCGAUAAGACCCACAUAUCAAGACCCAUAUAUCAGUGAUUAUAAUAUCACUAUCAUAAUGGCAAAAAAGAUCCAAACGG